AUGGCGGACGCGGACCACCCCAAAGUCCGUCUUGACACCAUUGCCGAGUACAAGACGGUGCUAAACCGUGUGGAACAACUCUCGCGCGACAAGCUCGCACAGCAUUUCCCGCCUUCUGCGAAUUCUAGUAUUAAAGAUGAGACUUAUCGGAAGCGUGUUGAGGAGCUGGUUGCUGAGUACGUUCGAAGAUUACUCGACCUUGCGAACCAGAAUAUUUCGAUAAAUGGGAACGAUAUCGGAGAUGUUGAUUCCGUACUGAAAGCGGAGGAGGAGGACCAGUACGAACCAUACGAUGACAAACUCCGAGUCCGUGUCAACGACCUGAUUGCAAAAGUUGGCACCGCUACAGGUGAAGUCGCAAAGCUGCGACGAGAGGUCCCGAAGAGAGCCGCGGCUGCUUAUGAAAAAAAACUCAAAGCAGAUAUUGACAGGGAGGUUGCAUUGGCUGAAGCAGCAUUGAAGGAGAACGAGAAUACCAUGGAUAUAGAUGACGAAGGCGGUACAGAUGUGGUCGAUUGGGGUAUCAAACCUUUGGCGAGGCAGAAGGAGGUAGAGAAGGCCUGGGAGAAUGCAGUUGGACUAUUACCGAGUCUGAAGAAGAUGGACGGUCCUUUGACAAGAGCCCAGGGACAAGUAGCAAAAGCCCAGCAAGUUUUGGAGCACAUCCAGCAAACAAAGUAA